AUGGAUGAUCAGGAAGCACUAUUGGCUACUCUCUACAUGAGAACAGUGCUAGUGAAGCGAAUACUUGCAGCCCAGUCACAGGAUCCAUUGAUUUGUACACUAAGAUGGGAGGUCGAGAAUGGUGCCAGCACGGAUUAUUCAGUAAGAAAUGAUGGGGCUCUGAUGGUGGGUACCAGAUUGUAUGUUCCUAAUGAUAAAGCAUUGAAAAGAGAAAUUUUGGAGGAGGCUCAUUGUUCAGCUUUUGCCAUGCAGCUUGACAGUACAAAGAUGUAUCGUACCCUGAGGGAGCAUUAUUGGUGGUCUUUUAUGAAGAAGCAGAUAGCAGAGUAUGUCAGUGAGAAUACUGAUGGUCAGUCAGAAAGAACGAUUCAGACUUUAGAAGAUAUGUUGAGAGCUUGUGCACUGCAGUUUCGAGGUGAUUGGGAUGAGAAGUUACCACUUAUGGAGUUUGCCUAUAAUAACAGUUGUCAGACGAGUAUCGAGAUGUCUCCAUUUGAUGCCUUGUAUGGGAAAUAG